AUGUCGAGAAGUAAUCUUGGGGCUAGGAUUGAAUUGAUUUCUCCUUCGGCGAGGGCAGUGCGGUUUCCAGCCGUGUCUGAUAUAUUGAACCUUACUGAUCGCAUCAUUAAGCUCAUUGAUGCGGCGAAAUAUAACAGAGAAGCAUUGCCUAUCAUGAAGUUAUAUGUGAUGGAAGUAAAGGCAGCCAUUCAUGAGAACAAGGAUAUUAUUGAUGAGGAAUAUACACUAGAUUUACUGAAAGCACUGGAGGAUUGGGAAAGGUUUCUCGAGCAAUAUACUAAACCUAAAAUGAAAACUUUGUUGAGAUUUCAGAAUGAUGAGCAGAUAGACAAAAAGAUAAAUGGGCUGUUUGACAAACUGGAUAACGCUCUUAAUGAUGCUCAUCUUGAAGUAGACUUGGAAAAUAACGCGGUGCUGAAAGAGAAACUAAUGUACAUGCAAGAGAGACAGUUAGAAUACAUAAAGAUUCCGCGAGAGAAAACACAUGAUGCGGGCGGCUGUGGCAUGAUGGACAUAGAUGAGGAUCCACCCUCUGUAACUCAUCCUUGUUCUACUUCUAUCAAGGAUGAGAUUAGGAAAACCUUCGAAGAUGAUUUUGUUACAACUGCGUGUUUUCAUGGCCUUCCAUUGCCAUCAGAAAAAAUUAAAGACUUAAAGAUUGAUCCUAAAUGGGUCCAUUCUAUCUCUGGCCCUCAACCUAAUGGUGCUGGUCCCCAAAGGGUAGUUUAUUGCGGUGGGGAAUACGCUGCGAAGAUUAAAAUCGCGCAAGAAGGAGAAGACAUUAAUAAGUACUUGGUACAGGCCUAUAUUAGCUCUCAACUUAAUACGGAUUUGUUCAUGAGAAAUUAUGGAAUUUUACUGGAAGAAGGAGUAUAUUACAUGAUCACAGAAUGGCCAGAGCUAGGAACGCUCAGUAAAUAUCUCGUCGAGAAUAUAAAUAUUUCAUGGGGUAAAAGAAUAAACAUGGCAGUACGUUUGGCAAGAGCGCUUGACAUUUGUCAUAGGAAAUACAUUCUGCAUCAUGACAUACGCAGUCACAGCGUGGCUGUAUGCAAGAACAAUGUUGUCAAGUUAGGCAACUAUCAUCGUACCAGAAGCACAAAAGACCUUUCGACUCCAGUUGCUGAAGAGUCAGAUGGUGUCAGAUGGUUAUGUCCCGAGAAGGUGGUGGACGGUAGGCGACCCUACUCGAUGGCAGCCGAUGUAUACAGUUUCGGUAUGCUUAUGUGGGAAAUAUCUUCGCAUAAAAUUCCCUUUACGGAUAAAACUGUUGGUGAAGUAUAUACUUUACUGAGAAAUUCAGCCAAGUUCAAAGAUAAAGACGCGCCGCGUCCCCCAAUUAUCGAUGGUACACCCAAGAAAUACGUGAAAAUAAUGAAGAAAUGCUGGAGACAAAACCCAGGAAGUCGUCCAACAAUGCCUUUCGUUGUAAAGAAACUGGAACGACUCGAGGAGAUGUACAGGAAAAAUUCAACCGAUGCAGAUACUUAUGGGACUUACACUAGUAGUAUGCAAGAAUCCGAGCCGCGCGAGCCGGAGCUAAUAACGAUCUAUUCCGCACGCAAGCUACAUGCUGAAAAGCGCCACGCAGAAGCCUUCAAACAUUUUAAAACGCUCGCUGACGACGAGAAUCCCAACGCUGAAGCAAACUUCUACGUCGGCAGAUACCUUAUCGACGACAGAGUCAGUUAUGAGAAUGAUCCUAAUGUGGGGAUAAGCUAUUUAGAAGUAGCAGAGCAGCUUGGAUUCCAUGAUGCCCUCCAGUAUCGUGCUCAAGAGAAAAUGGCAGCAGCUACGGUACUGCGAAAAAAGUUUAUAGAAGCGGGAAAACUCGAUGAUGCGAAUUCAAUUUUGGAAAGAAUGAAGACAGAAUGUCUACCAUUGUUUCGUGAAGGUGCGAAUCGCGGCAAUCUGCGUUGUAUGAAAGAUUUAGCUGAUUAUGGGGCAAAGCUAGGAGAUAAACAGAGUUACGUGGACGGUCUUAGAAUGUUGGAUGACGUAAUUGCAAAAACGAAAGAUCCUAAGCAGAAAGCUAAAGCACAAGAUUUUUUGGUGAAGUUGCAACAGCACAAAAACGUAUUUAUGGAUUGA